AUGGAUCAUUGUACUGGAGAUCUCGCCGUCGCCGUCCCCUUCGUCUGCAAGUCCUGGUACCGCGCCUCCCUCGACCCUAGCUGCUGGCGCCGCCUCAACUUCCGCUCCCUCGAUUUCACGCCCUGGAGCCCUUUCUCCCGCGCCUUUGCGCUCCGCUACUGCCUCCACUCCCCCCUCUCCUUCUCCGCCUUCCUCCGUUUCGCCCUCCACUGCUCCCACGGCAUCGUCGACCAACUCGCCUUCCCCCUUUCCUCUGCCGUCUCCAUCCACGACCUCGCCUAUGCCUCUGUCAAAUGCCUGAGAUUGAAGGCGCUGGCUUUGCCGGACAACCUGAUGCUGGAGGACGACCUUCGAAUCCCGGAGCUGGUGCGGCGGUGGAAGGAUCUGGAGCAUCUGGAGAUGGAGAUAGUUGGCAUCUUCGCCCCGCCCAUCCUCUCUUCCUCGCGCUCCUGCAAUCUGUCCUUUGCUAUCCCCAUCUCCCUCCCCAAACCUUUGUCUUUCGCCACCUCUUCCCUCCCACGCCUUCACUCACCUACCUCGCGAAACCCGGGGCCUUUCCGUGCCCAAGUUAGUGUCUCCGCUGCUUAG